AUGGGGAUACUUCAGGAUAUUCAGGAUGACUCCAGAGUUCUGCUCAAUAAAGGACACGACAAUGAGAUGGAAAUAUUUGGAUACAGAACCAUUCGAUGGCAGAAAGCCCUUUGCAUUGCAGGAUACAUACUUUCAUUUGGGUUGCUAUGGCUUUUGUUUUACUGGAAACCUGAAUGGGGAGUCUGGGCUUGUUGCGCCCCAUGUACACUGCAAGAAGCAAAUGUUGUAUUGCUUAGAGAAACGGAUGAGUUUAAACGAUACUCCAGUAAGAAGGUUCAGUGGACUCAUCUUUCGGAGCUAAGGUCAAAAGAAGUCUUACAUGUGGAUGAUAACUGUAUUAUCAACAAAUCAAUCAUGAUGCCAGAAGUAAAGAUCAGAUACAUUUGGGUGCAGAAAAUCAAGUAUAUCUGGUUACAUUUAGAGAAACGCUUCCAAAAAGCUGGAACACUGGAAGAUAUUUACUCUUGUUCACAGAUACAUUCAAGAUUUGGGUUAGGUUUAAGCAAAGAGGAACAAAAGCUAAGGAGAAUUAUUUGUGGGCCUAAUGCCAUUGAAGUUGAGAUUACGCCAGUGUGGAAGCUACUCUUCAAAGAGGUAUUUAAUCCCUACUAUCUGUUUCAAGCCGCCAGCCUAAGUUUAUGGUUGGCAGAAGGAUACAUUGAAUAUUCUAUCGUCAUCAUAGUCAUUACCGUUCUGUCCAUCAUUCUGACAGUGUAUGACCUUAGACAGCAAUCUGUAAAGCUGAACAGAUUGGUAGAAUCCAAUAACAGUGCUGAGAUCACCGUGCACACAAGUGAUGGUGGUAAUGAGGAGAUGGAAUCCAGACACUUGGUUCCUGGGGAUCUAAUAGUUCUCACAGGAAAAAGGUUUUUUCUUCCUUGUGACUGCAUUUUACUGAGAGGCAGCUGCAUAGUGAAUGAAGGCAUGCUGACAGGAGAAAGUAUUCCCGUAACUAAAACACCUCUUGAUCAAGUGAAAGACUGCACCCCCUGGAAAAUACAUAGUGGGGAAGAUUACAAAAGACAUGUGCUGUUCUGUGGAACUGAAGUGAUCCAGACCACAUCAUCUGGCUCUGCUCCUGUAACUGCAGUUGUAUUGCAAACUGGUUUCAACACAGCAAAAGGAGACAUGGUGAGAUCGAUUCUGUAUCCCAAGCCUAUAAAUUUUAAGCUGUACCAAGAUGCUUUUAGAUUCUUGAUGUUUCUGGUUGCUAUAUCUGUGAUUGGAUUUAUAUAUUCCGUGGUGCUAUUCGUAGUUAAAGGGGGAACAGCUCGAGAUGUUAUAGUCAAGUCAUUACUUGCUGUCACCGUUGCGAUCCCUCCUGUACUACCAGCUGCAGUAGCGACAGCCAUCAUGUAUGCUCAGAAACGGCUUAAGAAGAAGAAGAUAUUCUGUAUCAGUCCUGAGAGGAUCAAUGUGUGUGGAAGAAUAAACCUGGUUUGUUUUGAUAAGACAGGUACUUUAACCGAAGAUGGUCUUGAUUUGUGGGGGGUAGUUCCAUCAAUUGAUAGCAGAUUUCAGGAGGCUUAUAUGUUUACAAAUGAAAAUAGUUUGCCCUGGUGCCCACUUCUAGCGGCAAUGACAUGCUGCCACUCAUUGAUCAUUUUGGAUGGAAAAAUACAAGGGGAUCCUAUGGACCUUAAGAUGUUUGAAAGCACAAAUUGGGAAAUUGACCAAUCCUGUCAGAUGGACAGUGAUGAAAAUAUGCCAAGAACACAUCAUCUUAUUGUAAAGCCUGGCAUUCAUUCUAAUGAAACUACAGUGGAUGGAAUUAUCAUACUACAACAAUUUCCAUUUUCCUCAAGCCUCCAGCGUAUGUCUGUUAUAUCCCAAGUUAUGGGAAGUGAGGAACACUUGGUUUUCAUGAAAGGAGCACCAGAAAUGGUAACAAACUUCUGCACCCCUGAAUCAGUCCCUCAAAAUUUCUCCAAUGAGCUUCAGCUAUACACUCUCCAGGGAUUCAGAGUAAUUGGUCUGGCAUAUAAAAAAGUACAAUGCGCAAAAGACAUGAACACAGAAACUUACACAAGGGAGGAGGUGGAAUCAGAUCUUGUGUUUCUUGGUCUUCUGAUACUUGAAAAUCGAUUAAAACCCGAAACCAUCCCAGUUUUAAGGGAGAUAAACAAUGCUUUAAUCCGGAAUGUUAUGAUUACAGGUGAUAAUCUUCAGACAGCAAUAACUGUUGCAAGAAAUUCUGGCAUAGUCCAAAAAUAUACUGAAGUGAUUCUAAUUGAAACAAGUGAGCCAAGUGUCAGCUGCCCUGCAUCUAUUACAUGGAGACAAAUGGAAAUGGAAGAUGCUAAUGAAAUGACAGUGGUUGAUUUUGAUAUUAAUAAAUCCCGAGAAAAUACCAGCUAUUGUUUUGCCAUGACUGGGAAAGCUUAUCAGGUUAUCGUACAACACUUCUACAGCCUACUACCAAAGUUGUUGCUAAACGGUGCUAUUUUUGCCAGAAUGUCUCCAGGCCAGAAAUCCAAUCUAAUAGAAGAGUUUCAAAAAAUGGAUUACUAUGUGGCAAUGUGCGGAGAUGGAGCCAAUGACUGUGGAGCUUUAAAAGUGGCACAUGCUGGGAUUUCUCUGUCUGAGCAAGAGGCAUCUGUGGCUUCACCUUUCACAUCUCAAACAGCAAAUAUUCAAUGCGUUCCUGAGCUCAUUAAGGAAGGUCGGGCUGCACUGGUCAGUUCUUUCGCUGUCUUCAAAUAUGUAACUCUGUAUGCUAUGAUACAAUUUAUAUGUUUGCUCCUACUUUACUGGCAACUGAAAUCAGUGGGUCUGUAUCAGUACCUCAUUCAGGACGUGGGAGUGACAGUAUUGGUCUGUCUGACAAUGAGUUUAACACAAGCGUAUCCAAAACUAGCUCCAUGUAGACCUCCAGCACAGCUGAUAUCACCACCUCUGCUGUUAUCUGUGAUGUUUAAUAUUCUUCUCAAUAUGGCCAUCCAGAUCUGUGGCUUUGUAUUGGUACAGCAGCAGCCAUGGUACAGCACUUCUAACUUCAGUGCUUGUGUAUCCACUGCUAGUAAUCUCAACUUUACAAAUGGGAGUACCACAGAAUUUCAGGAGUUUUCUGAGUAUCAAAACUAUGAAACCACAACUUUGUGGUCAAUAACAACUAUUAGUUGUGUAAUUCUUGCCUUUGUGUUCUCCAAGGGAAAACCAUUUCGGAAACCUAUAUAUACUAACUACAUCUUUGUCAUUCUGCUGCCAAUACAACUAGCAGUUUGUCUCUUUAUUUUAUUUGCCGAUAUUGAGCGCAUAUACAGAGGCUUACAACUUGUUUGUACUCCCACUAUCUGGAGAGUAGCGAUUCUUAUAUUGCUGAUCAUUUUCUUUCUCAUAUCUUUCAUUGUUGAGGAAUUUGUUACUGAAAAUAGACGACUUUGGCUGUUUUUAAAAAGAAUCUUCAGAUAUCGGUCUCACAGCAAGUAUAGAGAACUAUUCAGAGCUCUUCAGAAUGACCCCAGCUGGCCUCCUGUCAGUACCACAAAAUAUGCUAACUCACUAGAUGAAGAACGCAGCGGAGCUUACUAUAGUAAUCUGUGUUACAAAUCUGAUGAGAAUGGAAUAGAUGGACAAUGACUGAAAUGUAAUGUUAUUACUGGUAUUUGUCACUAUGUGGAGCCCAGCAAAAUACACAAUGCAGGAGUCAUCACUGACAUUACACAUACAGGUCUAUCAUAAUUGGACACUUUUUAAUGAUCAAUGUUACCGGCUACAGUUAUUCCUAU